CCAGGUUCUGGACGUAGCCCGUAAUCCCAAAAAACAGGGGGUAGUAGACAAUCGGGAUGACCGUGAGCUGGUUGAAGAGCGUGCACUCCGCCGCGGCUAAUAUAUUCGUAUCAAAAGAUAGGACCUGCCCGAGCACGUCGCCGUGGCAAUGGUCGAUAAUCCACGGCAGCAACGGCGUCUGGAAGCCUCCCCUAUAAGCGGCAUCGAACGCGACGAAGGAGAGGCCGCGCUUCGCGUCGUAGACGACGUUGUUCCGCUGCGCGACGGCGUCGCCGGCGGCCGCGAGGGCGCCGGCCGUGGCGAUGUUUGUUGUGAGCGGGUGUUCGACCAAGAGCUGGGCGUAUCCGUCGAAUACGAACGACGCGGCCGAGCUGAUGCAGAGGCUGCGCGCUAGAGUGCGGGCGCGCAUUGCGUCGUCAGUGAGCGUGUGUCUCGCAGUAUGUACAAGGCGGCGCGAUGAUCUGCAGCAAUUCGAUAACAUGCACACACUCGUCGUCGAUAACGUAUCGAUCACGAUCGCUGUCGACGAUGUGCGAGUUGUAAUGAUGCGUCACCCCCGGACAGUGCAAUGUGCAAUUGCAAUGCUGCACCCGUGGCGAGGAAUCGAUCACGAUCGCUGUCGAUCAGUGUAAAUACGUCACGAACUGCGGCUGUGAUGCGUAUCGCAACACGUCGACGUCGUGCGUGGCUGCGUCGCGCGAUG